AUGGAAGUUGUUUUGAAAUACAACAAAGAGAAAUAUAAUAAUAAGAAAAGAAGUAAGAUAGUGAAGUUGAAUUAUUCACCAAAAAAGAAAAGGAGAAAUAGUGGUAAUACAGAUAAAGGAGAUAUAAAUGAAAUACUAGCUAAUUUGACUACCUAUAAUGAUGAAAAUAGUUUUGAAGAAGUUGAAACAGAAUGGUUUAAGAGUUAUUUACUCGUGAAUGAUAGAUUACAUUUUCUUAAGGAAUUAUAUAAAUCAAUUGAAUUAAUAAAGAAAAGAAAAUUGAGUGGUGAUUUAAAUAUUAAACGGAAUCCAAGUUUGUUGCUUGAAGAUAGUGAAAAUGAGGAAACCAAUGAUGAACAAGAAGAUGAGGAUACUAAUGACAUACAAAAGAUUUCGAUAAAACCAAAUGCGAAAAAGAAUAAGCUGAAAAUGAAGAUAAAGAAACCAGCUAAGAGAGAGAAGGAGAAAGUAGAACAACUCCUGACCGAUGUAAAUGAAAAUAGUGGUGUCAAUACAGAAGUUAAAAGUGAUACCAACGAACCACAACUGACACCAGUGCCCAAUGGCAUUACAAGAAGACAAAGACAACGAAGAGUACAAUUCAAUGUAUGA